UUCUGUACUGGUCCGCAGACUUCCAUUCAAAACUGCUGCAUGUAGUUCGUUCAGCUGGUAUUCCGUUUCCUGCAUUGCUCGUUACAAGAGCACGUCGUUCAAGACAAUAAAUAGCGGAUUUUUUGAUUUCCAGUUCCAGAAAGAGGCCAAGGUUCGUCUGUAAGCGAUUCGACUCGCGUGGGAAGGAGAUCCCGGUGACGAUGUCAGUAGAUCAAGAUGCAAACCGAUCAAGCUCCUUGAUCCUGUGCAUCGCUGCCAUCCUUCUCGGCUUCGGGUGGGAUGGCUCGUCUGCACAGAUAUGCACCCAACGAAAAAGCCGCUCAGUUCAGUCGUGUAUACAAGUCGUGGAGCACUACUCGGAGAAGUACCAAAUCAGCUGUUGGGACUGGGACCUUCUGUGCACAGCAUAUCGGGACAAGUAUCGCAUGACCACACUGUGCAGGAAUGUCUCGCAGUACUACACGGAAACCUUCUGCUGUGCGGGCUAUGUUGCGCAGGGCAGUAACGCUACAUGUGUGCCAGUAUGCAAUCAAGUGUGCCACAACCAAGGGCGGUGCUCAUCACCAAACAACUGUACCUGCGCUACAGGCUGGAGUGGCGGUUCUUGUCAAACACCGGAGUGCACCAGUCCAUGUUUGAAUGGCGGUGCCUGCAUUGCACCUAACACAUGUACUUGUGCAGCGGGAUACACUGGCGCAACAUGCAAUGCUGUAUGCCCAACCGGAACGUAUGGCGUUGGCUGCAAACCAUGCCCCUGUCUAAAUGGUGGCUCGUGCAGCAAGUUUUCCCCUACAGUGGUAUGUUCAUGUACUCCAGGAUGGAGGGGCACUACAUGCAACCAGCGUUGUGACUGGGCUCACUACGGACAGAACUGUGUCUCGACAUGCCAGUGUCUGAACGGUGCAGUCUGCGAUCAUAUCAACGGACAGUGCACGUGUCAGCCAGGAUGGAUGGGAACAAGAUGUGACACACCGUGUGCCAGUGGACAUUACGGUCAAAACUGUGCGUUGUCUUGCGCCUGUCAGAACGGUGCGACCUGUAGUGGAGUGGAUGGCAGUUGCAAUUGCACAACAGGGUACAAGGGAUCGCUGUGCUCGGAGACAUGCUCACCGGGCAUGUACGGUGCGGGCUGUGCAUCUCUGUGUCGCUGUCAGAACGGUGCUACGUGUGAUCCGGUCACCGGUGGCUGCACAUGUGCUCCCGGGUACAUUGGAACGCACUGUGAAAACACAUGUCCCUCCGAUCAGUACGGUGAUCAAUGCUCGCAGGCAUGUCAGUGCUCUGCAAACUCUACGUGCAGUCCCAUCGACGGUUCAUGCAACUGCAGCAUUGGUUGGGCGGGCUUGCUGUGCACUCGGCCAUGUCCGCGUAAACCUAACGGACAGUUCGACUGUUUGAACGCCUGCCCGCACGUCUGCUUGAACGGUGGAGCAUGCAAUGAGUUCAUCGGUGAAUGCAUUUGUCCACCAGGAUUCAAUGGAACGGAAUGUCAAGACACCUGUGUUCAAGGAACAUAUGGCACAGGCUGUAUGGAGGUCUGCGAGUGUAUCAACGAAGUUAAUUGCUCCUCUAUCGACGGCUCGUGUUCCUGCCAGCCUGGUUGGCAUAGCGAUAUUUGCAACAUGACGUGUCCGACGGGUUCCUAUGGUGACGGCUGUUCCCAGGCAUGCCUGUGCAGGAAUGAUGCCGUGUGUGAUCAUGUGACAGGAGCAUGCACAUGUGUGGGAAGAUGGCUGGGUCCACAAUGUCAAUAUCCCUGUCCUGAAUGGCAAUACGCCAGCAGCAACACAACGUGCAAUGACUGUGUCUGCAGCCAAUCAAGUACUGAUAUCUGUGAUCGCUUCACAGGUCAAUGUGAUUGCAGUGCCGGCUAUUCUGGAAUGGACUGUGCCUACUACUGCCCACGUCUGACCUACGGCCAAGACUGCGCAUCAGCCUGCACAUGCCACAACGACGCCACUUGUGAUCCGUUCACCGGAGCAUGUCGAUGCGCCCUGGGUUUCAUUGGUGACACUUGCAACCAAACAUGCCCUGUUGGCUGGUAUGGACUGAAUUGCUCAACGGCAUGUACAUGCAUUAACGGUGCAGCAUGCUCUGCCAGCAACGGUACCUGUGUCUGCACCCCCGGCUGGAAAGGGGAGAACUGCUCGGAGGUGUGCGGGCAGGGUGCGUACGGACAGUGGUGUGCGCUGCCGUGCACAUGCCAGAACGGAGCGGCGUGUCAUCCCGUCACCGGUGCAUGCACGUGUACGGAUGGUUGGAUUGGCGGCGUGUGUGACCAGCCUUGUCCGGCCAACAAGCAUGGACUUAACUGUUCCCUGGAUUGCCAGUGCAACGGCCGGGCACAAAAUGGCUGCCACCACGUCACUGGGGUCUGCAACUGCGAUGCGGGAUGGCAAGGUGUCGGUUGUGAGUUGCCGUGCAAUGGCACAGCGUACGGUCUGAACUGUGCACAGGCAUGUCUGUGUGAGAACGGCGCACUGUGUGAUCCGGUCACUGGAGUGUGCAACUGCUCCACCGUGUCCGGCUGGACGGGCGUCAACUGCGAGGAAGUUUGUCAGCUCGGACAAUGGGGUGCCAACUGUACAUCGUCAUGUUCAUCGCUGACUUGUCCGGCUCAUUCCGGUGGUCUAUGUUAUCCGGACACUGGAAAGUGCGCUUGCCCCAUUGGAAGCAGGCCACCCAACUGCAGCGCAUCCUGUGGGCCUGGUCAGUUUGGCUUGAUGUGCCGGGAGUCUUGUGUGUGCAAGAAUGGUGCUGCGUGUGAGCCGACCUUGGGAAACUGUAGCUGCAAAGCGGGAUGGAAGGGUGAUGAUUGCAAUACAAUUUGCCCCAUUGACAGGUGGGGAGAGUUUUGCACCAAGACAUGUGACUGUGUACAAGGAGAGGGUGGCUGCGCUCCGACCACCGGCAGUUGCAUUUGUCGACCAGGAAGAACUGGCACGAUCUGCGAUGAAAUAUGCAAGCAAGGAACAUUUGGCUUCCGCUGCGGUCAAACAUGCGAGUGCUACAAUGGCGCCACUUGUGAUCCAGCCAAUGGUACAUGUACAUGCACGGCUGGAUGGACAGGUUUCAAGUGCACAAUUACCGUGGAUAUCGAGGAAACAGCACCUGAAUCUUCAUCGUCCCUCACACCAAUCGUCAUUCCCGCAGUAGCAGCACCUGUCGCCAUAGUCAUCGCAAUAAUCUCAGUAUUUGUUUACCGGAAGAGGAAGGCACUUACUGCAAGCACACCAUCCAGGCAUCCUGAUCAUGGAGUGCCAUUUACCUGUGCUGUCCAAGAUGAGAAUAUACGUGUUUGUAGCGGCAGCACCGGACCAGUUGUAAACGAAACGGCUCAGAUAGAGGACAAUUGUGCAUACUCACUCGGUCGUGCUCCUCAGAUGGAGGACAAUUGUGCAUACUCACUCACUCGUGCUCCUCUGAUGGAGGACAAUUGUGCGUACUCCAGUCGUGCUCCUCAGAUGAAAGACAAUUGUGCAUACUCACUCAGUCGUGCUGUUCAAGAUGAGAAUGCAUGCGUGUGUGGUAACAGAGGGACCAGAGGAGUCGGAAACAGAAUGUCUCAGAUGAUGGACAACGGUGCAUACUCACUUAGUCUUCAGCACUCCUCAAGGCCCUCUGAUGCCCUGUAUGCCGAAGCGGCUCAUGUCGAGACAGAACACUCCGAGUAUGAAAUUGCAGAUCCUACAUGACAUUGUACAUCUAGGGAUGUCGAUAAGGGUGAGGGCGAUUGUUCUCCGCAUGCUAGGAACAUUAACCGUGCUCCCAUUUCAUCCGGGCCGACGUGAUUUUAUUCACGGUGUGGUUGUGGGUGGGUGUAUGUGUGCUGCCCACCAUCUUCCUAGCACCAUAGUAAGAUCAACACAGUGAUGCUCCCACCUGAUCGGCUAUGCCCCCCCCCCCAUCACUUCAUUUACUUUCCUUUGCAAUAAGAGCCCAUUUCCCCCAUUUGAUUUGAGAUUGAUUUUGCCUUAUAACCGCAUAAGCUUGAAACAUGAGUCACAAUGAAACCUUGCUCUACCUUCUUGGUAUUAUUUCCAUCAUACUGUUUCAAAGAUUUACAUCUAUUAAGAAACCUUGUUCUGGCAUGGAAUGAAUUGUUUCUCCCACCACUCCCAGGUAUGUAUGUUAUCCAGAUGUAUUUUGGAAUCGGAUUCUCUAUGACGCAAGUGGAAUUCACUCCUAUUGUUCCUUUGUGUAUUUGUACCUUUUUUGUUUUUGUUAAAAUGCUGAUAAGCAGUAGAACGUCAUUACCGUAGGUCAGUGUCAUGCUAUGUUAUCGCUUGAGCUGAUUGUUUAGUAGCCAGUUUUGGUUAGCCCUUGUAUCCAUUUGUCAUUGGUUACUAUCGAAAUCAUGUUAUCGCUAUUUUUGACAUGUACACUGUACACUGUACUUGUUUGUUUGUUUGUUUGUUUGUUUGUUUGUAUUCUUUAUUUAGAGUGGGAAGUCCAAAACAGGCCCUAGCCUAAUAACAAUGGUCCCACUAGUGA